AUGGCAAAAGCUCUUAUUCUCGGCAGCACGGGCCUCGUGGGUUCUUUUAUCCUGUCAACUCUGAGGACAAAUCCGUCUUCUCAGUUCUCCAGCAUUGAGGUCAUCGCUCGACGAUCUCCGCCAGUUGCCACAGGCCAAUCCAUCCCGGUCAAUGAGUUUGUCGAAAAGGAUACCUCAAAGUGGGCCGCUCAUAUCUCGUCGUUGUCCCCGCCAGCUUCUGUACUAUUCUGUGGCCUCGCCACGACUCGUGCUGCCGCCGGUGGGUUCGACAAGCAGUACAAGCUCGAGCACGACUUGAAUAUUGAGCUGGCCAAAGCUGCCAAAGAGGCCGGAACAAAGACUUAUGUCUUGAUUUCGGCCGGAGGUGCCGACCCUCACUCGUACUUUGGAUAUCCCAAAAUGAAAGGCGAAAUUGAAGAACACGUCAAGGCCCUGGACUUCGAUCAUACGAUUAUUCUUCGUCCAGGGCUUAUCCUUGGGAAGCGUCAAGAACACCGUUUUGUGGAGGGCCUCUUUCAAGGGAUUGCAUCGGGACUAGGUAAACUCCAUCAGUCCCUGAAGCAUGCCUGGGCCCAAGAUGCAGAAGUCAUCGCAAAAGCAGCUAUUGCCGCAGCCAUCAAGGCUGAAAAGGGAGAGGUCAAGGACAAAGUGUGGGUGCUCGGCCAAAAAGAGAUUCUUCAACUUGGACUCAAGGAAUGGAAGGCCGCUCAGUGA